CACGUCCGCUGCGACCGUAUCGAAACAUUAUAUAAAAGCGUUCAUCCUCGCUGUACAGGGAAAUGAUUAUCCAAAAACCUUCAACCGAAGCGGAAUAAGAUGGUCUCUUUCAAUUCUUGUCUCAGGGCCUUGGCCCUGGGGUCCACUGUUUUCGCCGUCCAGCCUAUCCUCAGGCAGGAGGCAAGUCUGGAUACCUGGUUGAGCACAGAGGCAGAUGUAUCGCGACAGGCAAUUUUGAAUAACAUCGGCGCAGAUGGCGAGUGGGCGAAGGGCGCAAGCUCGGGCGUAGUGAUCGCGAGUCCGAGCAAAAGUGAUCCAGAUUACUUCUAUACCUGGACUCGCGACUCGGGACUCGUCAUGAAGACGCUCGUGGACCUUUUCAGAGGCGGAGAUGCAAACCUUCUCCCUACAAUCGAAGAGUACAUUAGCUCUCAGGCUCGGAUCCAAGGUGUCUCGAAUCCUUCUGGCGGCCUCUCUAGCGGAGGUCUGGGCGAGCCCAAGCUGAAUGCCGAUGAGUCGGCCUUCACAGGAGCAUGGGGUCGGCCUCAGCGCGAUGGGCCAGCAUUGCGAGCGACUGCUAUGAUUGCGUUUGGCGAAUGGCUAAUUGAAAAUGGACACACCGACAUAGCUACGGAUUCGGUCUGGCCUGUUGUCCGGAAUGACCUGUCUUACGUGGCUCAAUAUUGGAACCAGUCUGGGUUUGAUCUCUGGGAAGAAGUCCAAGGCUCAUCAUUUUUUACCGUCGCAGUCUCUCAUCGCGCUCUAGUGGAAGGCAGUACUUUUGCAAAGAGCGUAGGGUCAUCGUGUCCUUACUGCGACUCGCAAGCACCCCAGGUUCGGUGCUAUCUACAAUCCUUCUGGUCUGGUAGCUACAUCCUGGCUAAUUUUGGUGGUGGGCGAUCGGGAAAAGACAUCAACACAGUUCUAGGCAGUAUCCACACGUUUGAUCCCAAGGCUGGGUGUGAUGAUACUACCUUCCAGCCUUGCUCGGCCAGAGCCUUAGCCAAUCAUAAGAUGGUAACGGACUCAUUCCGAUCGAUCUAUGCCAUCAACUCCGGUCGCGCUCAGAACCAAGCGGUUGCUGUUGGUCGCUACCCGGAGGAUAGCUAUUACAAUGGCAAUCCCUGGUUCCUGACGACCCUUGCUGCUGCGGAACAGUUGUAUGACGCCUUGUACCAGUGGGAUAAACUCGGGUCGUUGACCAUCACGGACGUUUCGUUGUCGUUCUUCAAAGCUCUAUACAAUCCCGCCGCGACAGGAACAUACGCAUCGUCCACCACGGUGUACAAAGACAUCGUCGCAGUCGUUAAAACGUACGCCGACGGAUAUAUGCAGAUCGUUCAAAAAUAUGCCGCACCGAACGGCUCAAUGGCGGAACAAUAUACUAAAGCGGACGGAACACAGACCUCCGCUCGAGACCUGACUUGGUCAUACGCUGCACUUUUAACCGCCCAUAACCGGAGAAAUGCUGUCGUCCCUGCGCCUUGGGGUCAGUCCGCUGCCACAAGCAUUCCAUCGGCUUGCUCCCCGACCUCGGCCUCUGGGACCUACAGCAGCGUCGUCAUCACAUCAUGGCCGACUAUUAGUGGGUAUCCUGGUGCCCCAGACACUCCCUGUCAGAAGCCAACGACUGUAUCGGUCACCUUUGAAGUGAAGGCGACGACGGUCUACGGUGAGAAUGUCAAGAUCGUCGGAUCAGUCUCCCAGCUUGGGAGCUGGAAUCCCAAUAAUGCAAUCGCACUCAGCGCAGACCGAUACACGACCAAUAAUCCGUUGUGGACGGGAACUGUUAACUUACCUGCAGGGCAGUCAUUCGAGUAUAAGUUUAUUCGCGUUCAGAAUGGGGCAGUUACGUGGGAGAGUGAUCCGAAUAGGAAGUACACCGUUCCUUCGGCCUGCGGAGUGAAAAGUGCUGUGGAGAGCGACGUUUGGCGGUGAUGAUGAUAAUAAUGAUAAUACAUAGGAUCUUAUCAAGGAGACUGGCAUGAUGAGCGUUUGUGACGAGGCACUUCACCACAGGUAAAAUCGGUUGUAUCCUCCGUUGAGUUCCUAAGUCAGUGAUAUCAAGGACCACCUACUUGCCAUUUGAUGGAGGUGAGAUGUUCUUCAUAUUAGGCAAGCUAUACUGCAUUUUUACCACGUUCUGUGAGCUACAUAGCCCUGUUCUCAACAAUGUAUGCUGGUGUCGAAGGGGUGGUGUCUUGGAUCUAUACUGUGAUAACUUUGGCUGGCUACGCCGAUAGGUAGUCUUUAU